CUAGCUAGCUUUAGACCAAAUAAUAAUCCUGAUGAACACACACGCAUCCUGUGCCAGUAGCUAGGUUGCAGCAGCUCUAUAAAUACCUCACCAGUGCAUACUCGUUUAAUCAGCAGCAUAAGAAGCACAAUAACAAAGCCACACUUGCCCUUUCAAUUCGCGACCGACAACCGCCGACCAUGAGCUCCACGGCGACGGCGGCACCAGAGUGCGGCGGCGCCAAGACGUCGUGGCCGGAGGUGGUCGGGAAGAGCGUGGAGGAAGCCAAGAAAGUGAUCCUCAAGGACAAGCCCGACGCCGACAUCGUCGUGCUGCCCGUCGGCUCGCCGGUGACCAUGGAUUACCGCACCAACCGCGUCCGGAUCUUCGUCGACACAGUCGCCCAGACGCCCCAUGUCGGCUGAUAAAGCUAGCUAGCUGCUUCUGCUGCUGCAUGUCUCAGUGCUGCUUCCUUCGCUCCUCGUUCCAGAACAUCAAUAAAAUACGAUGAUCGAAUAACGCGCGGACAUGCCAUGUAUGCAUGUCAGUGCAUCUGCCGAAAAAAUAAUGGAUGUAAACGUGUUUCUUUCAUACUAUAAAUUAUCACUACAUAAUGGCAUCGUUCUUAUAGAUAUAAAUAAAUGUAUCAGAAUGUCGUUCAUCCUUGCACGAAUGGAUAUAUAUACUUGGCCGAACGGUAUGUAUA